AUGAACACUAUAGAGGAUCCCAAUUUAACGCUCGUCACGCCUACGCCGCUUAGUAUCACGCGCGCACCAACCGCAAACUCCUUUUCCGACAUAGACGUACCCAAAAAUAGAUUAUAUACCAUAUGGGAUAAGGUUGGACGACCGUUUAAUGGAAUUAUACGCGAUAUCCGUGCUCGUUUGCCGUUUUAUACCUCGGAUUGGACAGAUGCGUACAAUUAUCGUGUAGUACCUGCCACAGCCAUGAUAUUCUUCGCCAACGUGCUCCCAGCUAUUGCAUUCUCCCUCGAUUUGAUCGAAACCACGGGACAGUACGGCGUGGCAGAGGUUUUACUAGCGUCUGCACUUGCUGCUGGACUAUUUUCACUCUUCGCCGCGCAGCCUCUUUGUAUCGUUGGGGUGACUGGACCAAUCACUGUCUUUAACAAGACGAUCUAUGAUAUAUUACAAAAGCAACAUAACCCACCACCGUAUCUCCAUUUCGUUGGAUGGGUGUACCUUUGGGCUGCCAUCAUGCAUUGGGUAUUUGCCAUCUUUAACGGCUCAAACUUUCUCCGCUACCUUACGCGAUUUGCCUGCGACACUUUUGGGUUCUUUGUGGCAUGGGUAUACCUACAAUAUGGGGUGCAAAUGGUUACCAGACAAUUCCAUGAAUCCGCGACUGAAUCCGCAUUGGUUUCACUCAUUCUGGCUUUGCUCGUGGUCGGAGUCGCACAGCUCUUCAACGUAGCCGCCAACUCGACUCUCUUCCAUCGACACGUCCGAAGAUUUCUUAGCGACUAUGGUCUCCCUAUAUCCGUCAUUGCCGUCUCCGCUUGCGCACAGUGGGGAAGGUUCAGAUUGGCGAGCCCGACCAAGCUGCCUGUAGGACAGUCCUUUGAGCCAGCUGGUGAUAGACCAUGGCUCGUGCCUUUCUGGGAAAUGAGCGGAAAAUGGAUCGGAAUUGCUCUUCCAUUUGGUUUUGCACUCUUCGUCUUAUUCGCGUUUGACCACCAGGUGUCAGCGCUUAUUGCUCAAGGCUCCGAAUUUCCUCUGAGAAAACCGCCAGGAUUUCACUACGACUUUUUCUUACUAGGCAUCAUGACGCUCAUCGCUGGGAUCAUCGGUGUACCGGCCCCAAAUGGACUGAUUCCACAAGCUCCAAUCCAUACGCAAUCCCUAGUUGUUCACGGUAUCCGCAUCAAAACCGACGAAGAGCAGGUCGACGAGAAGAAUGCGGGCGAGGCCCACAUUCGUGGCCUGAACGCCGAGGAACCUAUCGCAGUUGUGGAACAGCGCGUGUCAAACUUGGUCCAAGGUGCACUCAGUCUCGUCCUCCUUACGAGCCCCUUUCUCCGAGUCCUUGCACAAAUCCCGCGUGGCGUUCUCGCAGGGUUAUUUUGGCAUAUGGGUCUAGAUGCCCUCGCAGAGAACGGGAUUACAAAGAAAAUUCUCUUCCUCUUGCGGGACAAGACGAUGCAGAAUCCUCAUGAUCCUCUCCGCCGUGUGCGCACUUCGCGCCUUGUCGCAUUUGUGCUCAUCGAGCUCGUGGCAUUUGGUGCGACGUUUGGAAUUGUCCAGAAUUCACUAUCGGCUAUUGGUUUUCCAAUCAUCAUUGGACUGCUUGUGCCCCUCCGAUCGCACAUUUUACCUCGCUUACCCUUCACCAGAGACGAGCUUUCUAUUCUCGACCAACCAACGGCGUCUCCUUUCUUUGAGACCAUGGCAUCCGUCGGCGGUAGCCCACACUAG